AUGGCUAAUGACAACAACAAAGCCUAUAUUUUCACUGAUGGCUCCAAGUUCGAAAAUGGAGUCGGAUGCGCUUUUGUGCAAUUUGAGAAUCACAUUACGACUCAUGAAUGGAAGGGCCACCUAGCUGACUCCAACAGCGUCUUCCAGGCAGAAGCGCUCGCUCUCACAGCAGCAGUUCAGCAUAUAAUAGAAGACACCGGUAUUAAUAAUGCAACCAUCUUCUCGGAUAGCGCAUCUACAUUGUACGCCAUCCAGAACCAUAUGCACACGUCGCAAAUUAUUAUGAAUUUGCAACAGAUGCUAAGGCUCAACAGCUCCCGCGAGAUCUCCAUAAAAUGGGUCAAAGCCCACGCAGGCAUCCUUGGUAACGAGGCAGCAGACCAGCUUGCGAAGGAGGCAGCUAACAACAUUGCAGCGCAAGAGCUGUACGUUCCAUCGCCUCCCUCUUACCUCAAACGUCUACAAGGAUGA